CUUACAGAUUGGCGUCCAUUUGAACGCGCGAAUGAAGAGACAAGACAGGAAAUUGAGAAGAUACAAGCUCAGGAGGCUGAAGAGAAAAUCUCCUAUAUGUAUGCUCUCCAGCUAGCCAGAGCGGAAGCAGCAGACCAGGAUGUACCCGUGUCUCCUCUGUUGAAUCGAAUGAACAAUAUAGUCGGACAAGAUCCUAAUAGACGAAUUCAAAUCGUUGAGGCUCCAAGGGCUCCAAGGAAUAAGCCCGACGAUCGUCUACAAAGACUGCCACGCGGCCGAAUCCCGGCAUACGAUAGUGACGAAGAAGAGGAUACGGAUGAAGAAGACAAGGGUGAAAGGCCCAAGGAUGAAAAGGGCAAGGAUCCUCGACCCAACCAAGACGUUGUCGAUGAGGCCACACUUCGUGAAAUCAAUCGCCUUCAAGCGGUCGAUCAAGAAUGGGAGGAUUCUAUGCGCUUGGCACAACAAUUGGAGCAAGAAGAAGAGGAACAGAGAAAGGUACUCGACUCUUUAAAAGAGGUGAAUAAAUCUUUCGACUGCCCUAUUUGUGCCGAGGAG